GCGCCAUCAUGGCUUAUCAUGCCACAAAAAUGGCAGAUUUGAACAAAAUCAUUCGCAACCUGUGGCAGAGCACAUAUCGUGGAAAUGAUAUCGAAUACAUCGAAAUUUGCAGCGAGGAAGACACGGCGGCUGCGGCUUCAAACGCAUUUCGUGCCCGACGCACUUACAAUUACCGGGUCGUGAUGGUCAAGGCCACCUCGGGAAUGGGUGGCACUACGUGCAGAUCCACACGUGCGAAUGCGGAUGAAACGCGGCUUGAUAUGCGUGGGCGCUGUUCCUCGGGCCAGAAAGUGCUCGCAAGUCUAAUCAUCCGUUUGGCUUUGGCCGAGGUCUUCUGUCUCCACUGCGGCGUCUUAGCGUUGGAUGAACCGACUACCAAUCUGGACAGGGAGAACAUUGAAAGCUUGGCCUAUGCAUUAGUCGAAAUCAUCAAAAAUCGAAGGCACCAAAGGAAUUUCCAACUUAUUGUGAUUACACACGAUGAGGAUUUUGUCUACUUACUUGGUCGUUCAGACUAUGUGGAGAAAUUUUAUAUGGUCUCUCGAAAUACAAAGGGACUAUCUGAAAUUCGUGAAGUACCGAUUGAAGAACACUUCCAUUAAAUUUACUCGCAGAUUGUUUCUUCCCUUUCGAACACGUUUUGCGCCACCUUUUCUAUUUUUUAUGAGGCCUUAAUUCACGCAUCUCUUUCUGUGCUACUAGCGAGAGUAUAGAACUACAUUUACUAUGUCUCACUUCAAUGUCU